UAACAAGUGAGGGUAGAAAAAGUUGGUAACAUGUGUUGUGCUUUGGUAUGCAGAGCUGUGGCAGCCCGAGGGGUGCUGGUAUGUUACAUGUACACAUAGCAAACAAUCAGAACUCAGCUGACAGCCUUCGAUUAGCGGUAGCAGUGAGCCAGCCAGCCAGCCAAGCUCAUACGUGGCAACUCAAGUCCAAGGAUAGAGAGUCAUUAUUAGGCUAGGCAGGGGUAUUACUCUACUGUAGCUUUAGGUGCCUUUGCCUCAAGGCUCAAGCCCUCAACUCGUACUUUCAAUAGUUUGUGGAUGAAUUGAUUUGAACUUUGAAGAUUAGUUUGUGUUUGGACAGGGAAUCAACAAAUCUGAGUUACCGGUACAUUGUAGGCCUACUGCAUGUACAUGUAAAAGUGCUUGUGUGUGACUACCAUAGUUGUUAUAAAACUAACUUUUGAUCAAGGAACUUUUUAUACACUGUGGAAUCAUGGGUGCAAUCUUAUCUUACUUUUGGUCAGAGCCGCAGGAGAGGAGCUUAGAUGUUGAGGCUGUCCAGUCCCCUGCUGCAAGCUCCAUUCCCACAGUCAUGGCUAGCAACAAACCAGAAGUGGUCUUUGUAUUAGGAGGACCAGGGGCUGGCAAAGGAACACAAUGUCAGAAGAUCGUAGAGAAAUUUGGCUUCGUACAUUUAUCAGCUGGUGAUCUUCUGAGAGCUGAGAGGCAAAGCGGGUCUAAGGAUGGAGAGCUCAUAGAGACAUAUAUUAAAAAUGGAGACAUAGUUCCUGUAGAAAUUACAUUGAACUUAUUGGAGAGGAGUAUGAAUGGCAAUGCCACUAAGAAGUUCCUCAUCGAUGGUUUCCCAAGAAACGAAGACAACCUGACUGGAUGGAACAACAAGAUGGAGGACAAAGUGGACUUCAAAUUCGUUUUAUUCUUUGAUUGUUCACAAGAUACCUGUGUUGAGAGGAUUUUAGAAAGGGGGAAGACAAGUGGACGGUCAGAUGAUAAUGUGGAAAGUCUUAAAAAGAGGUUUAUGACGUACGUGAAUUCCACCAAACCAAUCAUUGACCAUUAUGAUGCUCAGGGUAAGGUGCAGAAGAUCUCAGCAGAAGCAGAUCCAGAUAGUGUAUUUGGAGUCGUGGCAAAAGUUUUGCAAGAAGCAGGGCUUUGAGAUGCAUCUUUCCUUUCCACUGAUCACAUCAAAGCUUCAUAUCAAACAGCAGGGAGAAAUAAAUCAAGCAAUUACAUCCAUCUACAUUCAUGUUGGCUCAAAACCUCCAAUAAAGCCUUGUUCUAGCAUGAUGUGUUAAACCACCUCAAGCAAACCUCUGUGGCAAAUUAAGGAAGUUGAUACAUGGAAGGAAAUUAAUGUUUAGUAGAGGUGAAAAGAUUACCUGUGCAUUCAUACCCAGUGAUCUGUACGUUAUAGUGCAGAGAUGUGAAAGUUACCAGGAAUGUCACUUUAUUGUGUUAUAGUGGGUCAUUGCAAUUUGAAUCCAAACGAACAAAAUUUGACCUUGAGAAAAUGUUAAUAAUGAUAAUGGUAAUUAUAAGAAGGGUAACUCAUGACAUGCACUUCCUCAUAACUGACCGUUACUUUCACCAUUAAUCAUAAGUUCUAAAUUCUGUAAAGAUUUUCCAAUGUAUUUAGUACAACUCUGACUUUACUACUACUGCUGUUUAACUUUGACCCUAAAUUGAAUUAUGUAAUGCCUCCUUAUGAAUUGCAUUCAGUGAUUGAAACAUUCUUUACUUUUUUAUCGUACUUGGAAUAAUCUCAGAUAUAUAUUUGUGUAAAUUUUCAUAACUAUUUAUUCCAUUGUAUGUGAAUGUGCAGCUUCGUGUAUUGAUAGGUACAAGACCGGUGCAGAAUAAUGUCAGAUCUUCAGUUCUACAUUGUAUUCGUUUUUUUAUGAAUUUUAAUGUAAUUUAUUAUUAAAGAAACGAUUGAUAUUAUAACAUCAAAGAAUAGCAGUGAAUAAAGACAUACAGGGGUUUCUGUUUUGCAUAAAUAGCUGUUUACUCUGAUGGGUGUCAGAUGAAAAGUUACAGUAUAUCUUUAUUUGCUGCUACAGUAUUCUUUGAUAAUGUAUUGUUCUUUUGCGUAUGGUCGUUAUAUUUUUCAAGUAGGUUUAUUUUUCUCUAAAAUAGAAUGUGUAAAAAUAUGUGUUUCAACCUAUAUGGUAUGCUUUAUGUUAGAUAAUGUGAUGCGAUGAGAUUCAGUCAAGAGCUACAAUACCUAUAUAUCAUCAAAAGUUAAUUGACAGAAAAAAACAGCAUUUCAGACAUUUCAGUUUACCCUAACAGUAAAUCCAAUUCCAACACCCAGUAUGGGAUUUUAUAUGUGGGUGCGAUUUAUACCACAGUGAUCAUACAGGGUCCCUUUUAAGCUUCCAAGUACCGGUAUGUUUGAUCAGUCAUGCAGUCCCGUAUUGUUUGACUGCUGCUUAUCUAGUAUCUUUAGUCUAUUCCAAAGAAGGUGAAAAUAGAAAUUGAUUUCCAGAAUACAAUGAUUCUCAAACCUUGUCUCAGAUUAUUGUCUAUGGGCUAUGUAAUAUAGCCCUAAUGCUUUUAUUGAACAAAAUAUUGUGAACGUUAAUAAUAGUCGUGAACAGUGAUCUAUUCUAGCUAACGUGCAAGAUCCGUCCAGAUUAUUGGCGCAGAGAUUUGUGAACACUUAUCUAGCUUUCAAACAUCCUAGAGGUAAUGAUUUAGAGGACCAAAGCAUUUAACAACAUUCAAACCUGCUAUAGUCACCACUUGUUUAGAAAGACCACCUGCAUCGACAUAUAGCAGAAUUUCAUCCCAAAGAUCUGUUAUAUACCGGUAACAAAAUAAUGUUGCUGGUACCAGCCCUUGUUUUUACCCAAGCAUAACAAGAUGCUUGAUAUAUGAAGGUAAUAUUGAUGGUCCCUGUAUUUAUAUUUAUUACUCUUUGACUUGGUAUUUCUCAGUCACAAGUUGGUGUAAGCAUCAAGUGUGCAAUGUACAAAGGAGAACCUGACAUAGCAGCAAGAGGACCAACACCCCUCGUAAAACCAAAUCACUUGGUGCGCCUCUAGAUAUGUUUUAAGAGGCACACUUGUAUACCCUUGUAAAGAGUA